AUGCAUUAUUCACAUUGUAGCUUUUUAGAUAAAACUGAGAUAGUUGGGCGAAAUGAUUACAUCCCUACGGAACAAGAUAUCCUUCGAUGCAGAGUUCUUACUUCUGGAAUUUUUGAGACUAAAUUUUGCGUUGAUAAAGUACAAUUCCAUAUGUUCGAUGUCGGAGGUCAGCGCGAUGAACGGAGAAAAUGGAUUCAGUGUUUUAAUGACGUCACUGCAAUAAUAUUUGUUUCUGCUUGUUCUUCGUUCAACAUGGUACUUCGUGAAGACCCCAAUCAAAAUAGAGUUAGAGAAUCUUUAGAAUUACUCGGGUCUAUAUGGAAUAACAGGUGGCUCAGGAAUAUCUCUGUUAUUUUAUUUCUAAAUAAGCAAGAUUUGCUCGCUGAGAAAGUCAAAGCUGGUAAAUCAAAAAUUGAAAAUUAUUUUCCUCAUUAUGCUAAUUACCAAGCUCCUACAGAAGGUAAAUUUGACAUUACUUCGGCUACUAUUUAUAAUUGUGUCAAGCACUCGAUCGAUUUUUAA